GGUUUUGAAACAUUGCCAGCGUAUCGUGCAAUGCUCUCUAUGAAUCAAGCCGUCCGUACCAAAGGUGUUACGUAAACAUGCUAACUCCCCGCCGCAUGCUCUCAAUUCUUUCCCGAACGUUGUAUUGAAAGAUUGUAUGUACGUAGGAGUGGAAAUUGAGGACACGUUAGCGUACAGAACUGCCGUAAAGAGGACGCCAAAUAACAGCUGCGGGCGUUCGCAGCUGCACGUCAAACGGCGCUCAUGGAGGGCACGGAGGAUGCUGCCACCAUCGACUUUGGGGAAAUCGAAGGAGGUCUUCACAAGAAAUCUAUAAGGCACCCUGUCGCCGUGUUCUUCCAUCUGGCCUUCCGGACGUUGGCGCUCUUGGUCUACCUGCUGUGCCGCUUCUUCACGGACAGCUUCAUCUCGAGCUUCGUCUGCAUCCUCCUCCUCCUCUCUAUGGACUUUUGGACGGUCAAAAACGUCACGGGACGACUGCUCGUCGGGCUCCGGUGGUGGAACUACGUCGACGACGUCGGCAAGAGCCACUGGGUCUUCGAGAGCAGAAAGGAAGGGGACCCUACUUCGGACGCCUCGGAGUCAAGCAUCUUCUGGAUGGCGCUGAUUGCCGCUCCGGCGCUCUGGACCCUCUUCCUCUUCAUCUCCCUCUUCGGAUGGAGCUUUCAGUGGCUGAUGAUCACAUUGAUUGCCAUCAGCCUGAAUGGAGCCAACCUGUAUGGGUACAUCCGCUGCCGGCUCGGAAAGAAGAGGUCCAUCACGUCCGCUGCCUCAAACUUCUUUGGGCAGCAACUUCUCAAAGGGAUGUUCAAGCGAGACGCUCCUCCAAAUCCAAGUGCCGCGGGCCAGCAGUCGUGACCGCCCACGAUGGGUCUACGCAUUCCAUUGGUUCUCUUGUCCUGAAAGUCGGCGUCUAGUCCCGUCUCCUGUACAUACUGUUCAUGCUCGUAAUAAAGUGCCCGCAUCUCUGUUAA